AUGGACGAGAAAGCACUGAAUGAGUUACUGGAAUGUUCUGUGUGUUUGGACAGACUUGACCACACAAGUAAAGUUUUGCCAUGUCAACACACAUUUUGUAGAAGAUGUCUGGAUGAGAUUAUUUUGACAAAACGUGAGCUAAGAUGCCCAGAGUGUCGGGCUGUUGUGACCAUUAAAGUAGAAGAUCUGCCGAAUAAUAUUCUUUUAAUCCGUCUGUUGGAAGGCAUCAAAACAUCGGGUGUAGUUAACAAGUCUGAGUCAGGAACAGACACAGCCCGAUACAGAGAUCAUGUUUCAUCUAGUAGUUCUGCAUCAUCAACUUCACAGUCCCAACGUCAAGCAGUGAAACAGACAAAGCAACCUUGUGCCAAAGCAAUUUAUGAUUAUGAGGCUAAAGAAAAUGGAGACUUGGCUUUAAAAAAGGGUGAUGUAGUGUUACUGAAAAGACAACUGGAUGAAAAUUGGUACCAAGGAGAACUCAAUGGGAAACAUGGUUUCUUCCCUGCUAAUUUUGUUAAGGUUCUUGUUCCUUUACCCCAAAUUCCUCAAUGCAGAGCUUUAUAUGAUUUUGACUUAAAAGAUGAAAAAGAAAAGGAUUGUCUUGUUUUUAAGAAGGAAGAUGUUUUAACUAUUAUUAGAAGAGUUGAUGAAAAUUGGCUAGAAGGUAGAAAGGGAGAUAAAAUUGGUAUCUUUCCUCUGACUUUUGUUGAGUUAAAUAAUGCCGCCAAAUCUCUGGUCAAUUCGAAAAUCAGCUCAAGUAUUUUACAAAUUGGUAGACAGUUACCUACUGCUUCAACCACAGCUAAUCAGAGCUCAACAUUAUCUUCAACUCUGUCCUCCAGUUUACCACAACAAAAACGUCAUUCAUUCACUUUACUCUCUUCAAACCAUUCAUCCUCACCUUCACCGACCAAUCCACAACGUCAUUCUUGUGAAUUAGUUAGCACUGGCGGUUAUAAUAUUGUAUCUACUUCAACCACUACUGAUACGAGUUCUAUCAUAGCUUCUAAUGUAGUUGCUCUACCACCUCAGAGAAGUGAUAGUCCUGAGAAUGCCUCACCAAGAUCUGUUAGCUCACCAUCACAAAAUACAUCAUCUACUAGUAAUCUGACCACACCAGUAUAUAUAUCACUAUAUAAUUAUAAAAGUUUGAAAGAAGAUGAACUCGAGUUAAAUAAAGGAGAAUAUUAUGCAGUGAAUGAAAAGUGUCAAGAUGGCUGGUUUAAAGGACAAUGUGUAAAAACUGGUAAAAGUGGUGUUUUCCCUGGAAAUUAUGUUCAGAUGAUUAGACAACCAAGCGCUUUUAAACCAAUAAAUCCAAAUGUAAUGAAUGUAAGAGCCACAGAACAACCAAGUUCACCCUCAAGAUCUAACUCAACAUCAUCUACAACAGUAUCAUCAUCAUCAUCAUCUUCUCAAACAUCAUCAUCACCAACAACAACUAAUAAUCACAAAACAUCAUCGCCACCAAUGAUACCAGCUCCUUUGCCACGCACACACAAAUCUUCAUCCUCUUCAGUUCAUCAAACUUCUCCACCAAGUGUCAGUGUGAGGAGUAGCUCCACCCACAAUGUGAAGAAGUCUAGAACAGUAACUGAUACGACCACCCAUGGGGUAUCUGCAGGGGCCAAUCUUGUUGCCAUACAGCAUUCCCUGUCAGCUUCUAGUAAUGUUACACCACCCAAUAAAGUAGCUGGUGCAUCAGGAGAGACGUCGCAUUUGGCUGUCGCCCAUCAGAAAGAAAAGAAGGAGAAGAAAGAAAAAUCAAGUAAAACUUUAGUCAAAUUUCUUGGUGGUAAAUCAAAGAAAUCCAAAUCUAGUUCAGUUUCUGCCCAUAACACUGUAGAACAAAUCCCUUCAGCUUCUGGUGACUCAACAGUUGCUCAUGUCAGAUCUAGAUCCUAUCCAUCUAAUAGUCAAGGUGCAUCAGUUGAUCAUAAGAAGAGCAGUUCCUUCGAUUCUACACUUUCUAGUAAACCAUCUCGACCUAAACCACUUACUAGAGAAAAAUUUACCUGUAUUGCCCCCUAUCCCCCUCAAUCAGAACACGAACUAGAUCUACAAGUAGGAGAUGUGGUAUAUGUACACAAGAAAAGAGAGGAUGGAUGGUUUAAGGGAACUCUUCAAAGAAAUGGCAAGACAGGACUUUUUCCUGGCAGCUUUGUGGACAAAAUGGAUUGAUAUUAUGAUUUUUAAUUGUGUUUUCUUUCAUGACAAAAGAUAAUGUUUUAGUAAAGUGUUUUCUGAAACUUGCUGACACUUAUCUAGUCUCUGGUAGUUACUUCUUAUAUUUCUAAGAAGGAAUGGUUUGAAUUCUCUCUGAUAUUCAGGUGUAGAUUAUGCUGGUUUGAUAAAUAUGGGUGUAUCAUGAUUGCAUAGUGUCAUACUCUGGGAAACUAGGCUUACCAGAGAAACAUGUAUACACAUACAACUUGACAUCAUCCAAAUGCCGAAACAAAAUCGCAGCUCCAUUGGUGAACGUAAGCGAUCAAAUGAAUGGGAUAAAGGAUUUUAAAACAGACUUGCCAAUUAUGAAAAGAACAAAUGUGCAUGAAAUAUUGAACAUAACCAAAGGGGAAAUACAUCUUUAAAUAGGCAUGGAAUAUUAGAAAGAUAUGGGUUAAUUUUUAUGAUAAAUGAAAAUUGUUCAGAAUGUUGUUAAUGAUCUCAAAAUGUACAGUUUAUGACUUGUAUCCAUUAUAAUGGCAUAUGAAUUUGUUUUUCGUAGUAAAAUAUUCACAAAUGCUUUCA